AACACUGCUGGAAUAUAUGUAAUAAUUCUUCCAUCUGGGCUGCUUUCAUGCAUGAAAAAUACUCCAUCCCACUCUCCCCUAUUGAAUGGAAUGGCCCUAUUAGAUGCUCCCCGGAAUGGAAGAAAAUUCUUGCUAUUAAACAGGUUUUCUCGCAUUUGUGUGGAUGGACUAUUGGUAAGGGUAAUGUAUCUUUUUGGUAUGACAGAUGGCACCCGGAGUUUCUUUUGGAUCGCCUCAGUCCUUAUGAGGAUAUCCACCUGAAACUUAGGGAUUUUUGUCAUGAAGGUAAUUGGUGUUUUGUCAACCUUAUUCCUACACUUGGGACUGAUGUUGUGCAGGCUUUAUACGACCAUGCCCCUAGGCUGUCGGAGGAUGAUGAUAUUAGGCAUUGGGCCCCUGAAAAAUCUGGUUCCUUCACGGUUAAAUCGGCGUGGGAAUCUAUUCGUGGGCAUUAUCCUACUAUUCCCAUUCUCGCUGACAUAUGGUCCACUGUCACCCCAUUUUCGGCUAAAUUAGUUUGUUGGAAGAUAUUUCAUAAUAUCCUCCAUGUGGACAUGAAAGCUCAACAAAAUGGCAUUGCUUUGGCCUCAAAAUGUGUUUGCUGCCUUAACCACAAAUCUGAGUCUAUUGAACAUCUUUUUGUUGAUAGUGAUCUUGCCCAAUCUCUAUGGACCUACUUCAGCAUCAUUUUUGCUGUUCCUUAUCUCCCUGCUCAGUCGAUAACCACGCGCAUGAAAUGGUGGUUUCGCAUCUGUAAAGAUGCUCUAUCUAAACUAGGCCACGAUCUCACCCAAAUUACCAAGUUCUUUGAUGCUGCUCUUCUUCCUAGGCACAUUCAGCACCUUUUGUGGCGCGACAAGAUGGGUUUUUCUUAUGUCAGAAGCCGCUAAUGUGCAAAAUAAACUUUAACUUUUGUUUUGGUUUGUUGGGUGCUGGCUUGGAAUGCUAUUCAGGAGCUUCCCUAGCCAGUGGUUCCUAUGGGAUUUCUGUCGCCUUGUUCUUUUUGUGAUCUUCAAGUGAGGAGGAUCGGUUUUAUCUGAGAUUGAGGGGUCCCAUCUAUCAGGUAUGUAAUCUUUUAAAUCUUGUUUUCUUCCCUUCGAUUUUCUGGCGCUGUCUGGUUUUCUUUUGUUUUUUGUUUUUGGCCAGCUUGGUUUCUGUGUUCAUUUGGAUUUGCGGCUGCGGAAGUGAUGCUGGUCCAGGCGCUUGGAGGAU